ACUUUUGAGCCCCCAUCUGAGUGAUCCGGCGGGGGGCAGGAUGUUGGGCUUCUGUCUUGCCCAAGCUGGAGACCACAGGUGGGAAGCUUUCCCACCCAGCUCUACCGGCCCUUGGCUGCCGAGCGGGAAUGCCUGAGAUGUCAGACUAAUUCCUUGGAAUGUCCCAGGUCGAUCCAACCUCCCUCCCCAUCCUUCCACCAGGCCUUUUGGGGCAGCCAGAAAGAGUGCUUGCCCCUUGCCCUAGCAAUUUCGCCCCUGUCCUGUUUACCACGUGCACUGGGGUCUAAGGCCUCCCUACAGGGUGCGCCACACACCCCAGGGGUCCAGAGCAAGGGACUUGUAUUCAGUGGGACCCAGGGUCAAAUACCGCCUGUGCUGCUUAAUUCUGGGUGACUCUGGGUAAGUAACACCCCUGGGGCCCCCAUCCCCACCCCGUCUGAAAGUAGUCUGUAAGCAGUAAAAUAUGAACCACACCAAAAUCGUUGAAGCAGUCCCUGGUGGGUGUAGGUGAGGUCAUUUCCAGUCUCUCGCUGAUACAAAAGGCAGCAAACAUCCCUGAGCUUGCGUCUUCGCUCUCCUGGUUAGGAUGAGUUCCUGAAGCAGGUUUCCUGGGUCCAAGGGAUGUGAUUUGCAGUUUCUGUAGCAAACAUUCACCUGCUACUGAUUCGCACUCAUACCCGCAGGCAUGUCUGUCACAGACACGCACGCGCAGCCAUGUGGAAGCAAACUUGACGCCUGCCAUUCUUGGGUACACUCUACUCUGAGUUUAACCCAGUCCCACCUGUAUGAGACUGAGCACUUCGCAAACCUACACAAGCUGUUCUUACCUCCUUUGCCUCAAAAGCUCUUGCAACUCCUUAGCAUCAGGCCCCACGUUAAAUGCUCAAUGCAGCUUCUGUCCUCAGAAGCCCAUGUGGGAGGGACUCUGUUUGGCCCCCUUUGACAGGACAGGAUGGAGGCUCACUUCCCGGGGGUGAUGGAUUAGGCCGGGGAAGUCACCGGGGCCUGCUGCUGCCCCUGGCUCAGCAGGCCUUACCCUCCCCUCCAGCUCUGAUGCCCUUCAACCCCAGGAUAGGGCUCGGGCCCCGGUGAGGGGCUGUUUGGCCUUCGAGCCUGGAGUCCCUGCAGGGGAGCUUCCUGCCCCUGGUGUCCCAGCUCUUGGCUGUCCCCAGGCCUCUCCCUUUUCCUGUUUUGAUGCUGGCUCAGCCAGGCCCGGAGACAGGGGCCUGAUGUCUUGAUCCUCCAGGCGGGAGCCGUGAUGGAUUCCCCGUCAGCUCACCCACCUGCCAACCCGCCUCUUCCCUGCACACAUAGCUGCUCCACCUGGCACACUACACAGGGGCCACUGAGCCCCAGCACCCUGCCUGAGUGCAGAGGGUCCCACCGGGGGACCCACGGAGUCCCUGGCCUCUCCCUCCAGACAGCAGGUCGAAUAGGGACCCCGGUCACCUGCCCUGGGCUUGGCCCUGGCUGCCGCCACACUCAUAAAUCAGGGGGCGGAGGGGGUGUCAGAGAUCAGUAUGUGGAAUGUCUGGAUAGGGUGUGUGGGGGGUGUGCACCCUUAACUCUUCGAAGGAUGCCGUGUGGGACAGAAGGGGCUGGACCGCCUAGGCCCGAGGUGUGCGACAUGGGGGCCUUUGUGCCUGAGCAGCAGCCGGCAGUGAAGAGGUUAUCUCCCCUGCUCAGGCAGCGGAUAAAUUGAGGGUGCAGGGCACCCCCACCCUGAGGACCUGCCCGUCACCAUGGCCACAGGAAGAGUCCUGCUAGGCUCUCUGCUGCUCCUGAUCCCGCAGCUGGACCCUGGGGGGAACCCUGGAACCUGGGGUGCUCCGGUGGAGGAUGGGGGGCUCCUGUCCCAGCCAGUGGGCGACAGAGGAACCCAGAGGCCACAGCUGGGUAAGGACCCCCAGAACCCCAUGUGCCCUCCAACUCCUGCCUGGAUGCUGCCUGCUGUCAGCUGCCCCUUGUCCUGCAGGCACUCGCUUGCACAGGGCCCCGGCCAGCCCGUGCCAGCUGUGGAGCCUGUCCCUGCCUGUGGCCGAGCUGGGCCUGGGCUACACAUCGGAGGAGACCGUCAUCUUCCGCUACUGCGCCGGCAGCUGUCCCCACGGCGCCCGCACCCAGCACGGCUUGACGCUGGCCUGGCUGCGGAGCCAGGGCCGAGCCCACGGUGGGCCCUGCUGCCGACCCACCCGCUACGCUGACGUGGCCUUCCUGGACGACCACCACCGCUGGCAGCGGCUGCCCCCAGCUCUCAGCGGCAGCCUGUGGCUGCGGCGGCUGAGCGUGCCCAGCCCGGGGCCCUGCAGCCGCUGGAGGAGCUCUGCUGACUUACUUUACUGGAGACUUAGAUGCCAAGAAAACGAAAGGGUGAGGUGGGCUGGGGCCACCAACAAGGAGCUCAAUAAAGGAAACUGCUCCCUCCACCUCAUGCUGUGUGUUCAGCCCGGGAUGCUCCCGGUGGGUAGCCAGGUGAGGUCCUGGGCUUCCCUGCAGGUCCCAGCCCCUGCAAAUAGCUAG